AGCUCCGAGACUCCGCCUAACUGACACCCAAACUCUCCCUCUCCCUCCCGCAGCCCCAAACUGGAGGCAGCGGAGCCCGGGAGCAGGCAGCGUCGGGCGGCCCCGGCCCGGCCCCGCCCCCGGCCCGCCAGCCCAGCCCGCGCCCGGCCGCUGUGCUCCGGAGCUCAGCGCCAGUCCUCGCCCUCUCGCCGUGCCUCCGCCUGCCCGCCCCCGCCGGCCGAGGCUGGGCUGCAGGAGGCGGCCGGGCGGCCCCGAGCCUCGCCAGGGCGACCCAAACAAAGGCAGCAUCCGGGCUCGGCGGGAGGCAGAGCAUCAUGAGAGACUGGGUCCUCGCUGUCCCCGGCUCCGCUGCUGCUGCCGCCGCCGCUGCCGCCGCCGGGAGGGCUUCGCUGUGAGCGUGGAAAGCACGGGCGCAGCUGCGGGGCGUGAAUCCGAAAGGUGAGAGCCAGAGCCAGCGAGCCGAGGGGGCGGGCAGGCCACGAAAAAUGUCCUCGGCCGUGGGGCCCCGAGGUCCUCGCCCACCCACGGUGCCUCCCCCUAUGCAAGAGCUGCCCGACCUGAGCCACCUGACCGAGGAGGAGAGGAACAUUAUCAUGGCAGUGAUGGACCGGCAGAAGGAAGAGGAAGAAAAAGAAGAGGCCAUGCUCAAGUGUGUUGUCAGGGACAUGGCGAAGCCUGCUGCCUGCAAAACACCAAGAAAUGCUGAAAGCCAGCCCCAUCAACCACCACUGAACAUUUUCAGAUGUGUCUGUGUUCCCAGAAAACCAAGCAGCGAAGAGGGAGGCCCAGACAGAAACUGGAGAUUGCAUCAACAGUUUGAAAGCUACAAGGAACAAGUGAGAAAAAUCGGAGAGGAAGCCAGGCGUUACCAGGGCGAGCACAAAGAUGAUGCCCCGACGUGUGGAAUCUGUCACAAGACAAAGUUUGCUGAUGGAUGUGGCCAUCUCUGCUCCUAUUGUCGCACCAAGUUCUGUGCACGCUGUGGAGGCCGAGUGUCUCUGCGAUCGAACAAUGAGGACAAAGUGGUUAUGUGGGUAUGCAAUUUAUGUCGAAAGCAACAAGAGAUACUAACGAAAUCUGGAGCGUGGUUCUUCGGAAGUGGUCCUCAGCAGCCCAGUCAAGAUGGGACUCUGAGUGACACAGCUACAGGUGCUGGAUCUGAGGUGCCAAGAGAAAAGAAAGCUCGGCUCCAAGAGCGAUCGAGGUCUCAGACGCCCUUGAGUACAGCAGCUGUCUCUUCCCAAGACACUGCUUCCCAUGGUGCACCAUUGGACAGGAACAAAGGAGCUGAGCCCUCACAGCAACCCUUGGGUCCUGAACAGAAGCAGGCAUCCAGGUCAAGAAGUGAGCCACCAAGGGAAAGGAAGAAGGCUCCAGGGCUUUCGGAACAGAAUGGCAAGGGAGGCCUGAAGAGCGAGCGCAAACGUGUCCCCAAGUCUGUGGUGCAACCUGGGGAAGGGACCGCGGAUGAGCGGGAGAGGAAGGAGAGGCGGGAAAUCCGCAGGCUGGAGAAAGGGCGCUCUCAGGACUACCCGGACCGGCUGGAGAAACGCGAGGAUGGCAGGGUGGCUGAAGAUGAGAAGCAGAGGAAGGAGGAGGAGUAUCAGACUAGGUACCGCAGCGACCCGAACCUGGCUCGCUACCCGGUGAAGGCGCCGCUGGAGGAACAGCAGAUGCGCAUGCACGCCCGGGUGUCCCGAGCGAGGCACGAGCGGCGCCACAGCGACGUGGCGCUCCCGCACACCGAGGCUGCCGCCGCCGCGCCGGCCGAGGCCACGGCGGGCAAGCGCGCGCAGACCACCGCCAGGGUCUCUCCCCCGGAGUCCCCGCGCGCACGCGCGCCCACUGCCCAGCCUCCCGCCGAGCACGGGCCGCCGGCGCCGCGGCCAGCCCCGGGUCCCGCAGAGCCGCCCGAACCGCGCGUCCCCGAACCGCUCCGUAAGCAGGGCCGCCUGGACCCCGGCUCGGCCGUGCUCCUGCGCAAGGCCAAGCGCGAGAAAGCGGAGAGCAUGCUGCGGAACGACUCGCUGAGCUCCGAUCAGUCUGAGUCCGUGCGGCCGUCCCCGCCCAAGCCGCACCGGCCCAAGCGGGGAGGCAAGAGGCGUCAGAUGUCGGUGAGCAGCUCGGAGGAGGAGGGCGUGUCCACGCCGGAGUACACGAGCUGCGAGGACGUGGAGCUGGAGAGCGAGAGCGUGAGCGAGAAAGGUGACUUGGAUUACUACUGGCUGGAUCCUGCCACGUGGCACAGCAGGGAAACGUCGCCUAUUAGUUCGCAUCCUGUAACGUGGCAGCCAUCUAAAGAAGGAGACCGAUUAAUUGGCCGCGUUAUUCUUAACAAAAGAACAACCAUGCCCAAAGAAUCAGGUGCAUUAUUGGGUCUAAAGGUGGUUGGAGGAAAAAUGACGGACUUAGGGCGCCUUGGUGCUUUCAUCACCAAAGUAAAGAAGGGUAGCCUGGCAGAUGUUGUCGGACACCUAAGAGCAGGGGAUGAAGUUCUAGAGUGGAAUGGUAAACCCCUGCCGGGAGCAACAAACGAAGAAGUUUACAACAUUAUUUUAGAAUCAAAAUCAGAACCUCAAGUUGAAAUUAUUGUUUCAAGGCCUAUUGGUGACAUCCCCAGGAUCCCUGAGAGCUCCCAUCCCCCCCUGGAGUCCAGUUCAAGUUCCUUUGAAUCUCAGAAGAUGGAAAGGCCUUCCAUUUCUGUUAUUUCUCCCACCAGCCCUGGAGCUCUGAAAGAUGCCCCACAAGUCUUACCAGGGCAACUCUCAGUGAAGCUGUGGUAUGAUAAGGUGGGGCACCAGCUGAUUGUAAAUGUUCUACAAGCAACAGAUCUACCCCCUAGAGCAGAUGGGCGUCCCAGAAAUCCCUAUGUAAAAAUGUAUUUUCUUCCAGAUAGAAGCGACAAAAGUAAAAGAAGAACCAAAACGGUAAAGAAACUUCUAGAGCCAAAAUGGAAUCAAACAUUUGUCUACUCACACGUACAUCGUCGAGACUUUCGAGAGCGAAUGUUAGAAAUUACUGUGUGGGAUCAGCCGAGAGUACAGGACGAGGAGAGUGAAUUUCUCGGAGAGAUCCUCAUAGAACUGGAAACAGCACUUUUAGAUGAUGAGCCCCAUUGGUAUAAACUCCAGACACAUGAUGAAUCUUCACUACCUCUGCCUCAGCCAUCACCGUUCUUGCCCAGGCGGCAUAUCCAUGGAGAAAGCUCCAGCAAAAAGCUACAAAGAUCUCAGCGAAUCAGUGAUAGUGACAUCUCAGAUUAUGAGGUUGAUGAUGGUAUUGGCGUAGUGCCUCCAGUGGGCUAUAGAGCUAGUGCUAGAGAGAGUAAAGCAUCCACGUUAACAGUGCCAGAGCAGCAGAGAACUACACAUCACCGCUCACGUUCCGUGUCUCCUCAUCGCGGCGAUGAUCAGGGAAGGCCUCGUUCACGUUUACCAAAUGUGCCGUUACAGAGGAGCUUAGAUGAAAUCCAUCCAACACGAAGGUCACGUUCUCCAACCCGACACCAUGAUGCCUCCCGAAGCCCGGCCGAUCACAGAUCCAGACAUGUGGAAAGUCAGUAUUCAUCAGAGCCAGACAGUGAGCUUCUCAUGCUGCCCAGAGCAAAACGAGGACGAAGUGCAGAAUGCCUACACAUGACCAGUGAACUGCAGCCCUCUCUUGACAGGGCUAGGAGUGCUAGUACCAACUGCUUGAGACCAGAUACUAGUUUGCAUUCACCAGAACGAGAAAGGCACUCCAGAAAGUCUGAAAGAUCUAGCAUCCAAAAACAGUCUAGGAAAGGCACAGCCUCUGACGCAGACAGGGUUCUCCCACCAUGCCUUUCUAGAAGGGGAUACGCAAUCCCAAGAGCAACCGAUCAACCGGUCAUUAGGGGAAAGCAUACCACUCGCUCCCGGUCGAGCGAGCACUCUAGUAUCAGAACCCUGUGUUCUAUGCACCACCUUGCCCCUGGAGGGUCGGCGCCGCCUUCUCCGCUUCUGACAAGAACGCACCGACAAGGAAGCCCCACCCAGUCUCCUCCAGCUGACACAUCCUUUGGCAGUCGCCGCGGAAGACAGCUCCCACAGGUGCCGGUUCGAAGCGGCAGUAUAGAACAAGAACAAGAAAAAUAUAACUCUUCCACUAAAGCGAGCUUAGUAGUGGAGGAACGAACAAGACAGAUGAAAAUGAAGGUACACCGGUUUAAGCAGACAACAGGGUCUGGGUCUAGUCAAGAGCUUGACCACGAGCAGUACUCCAAGUACAACAUACAUAAAGAUCAGUACAGAAGCUGUGAUAACGCGUCUGCCAAGUCAUCAGAUAGUGAUGUCAGUGAUGUGUCCGCCAUUUCCAGAGCCAGCAGUACCUCACGCCUCAGCAGCACAAGCUUUAUGUCAGAGCAGUCUGAGCGCCCCAGGGGUAGGAUCAGUUCAUUUACCCCCAAAAUGCAAGGCAGACGGAUGGGGACUAGAGCCAUCAUGAAGAGCACCAGUGUAGGCGGAGAGAUAUACACACUGGAGCAUAAUGACGGCAGCCAGUCAGACACGGCCGUGGGCACCGUUGGAGCCGGUGGAAAGAAGCGGAGAUCCAGCCUGAGUGCCAAAGUGGUAGCCAUUGUGUCUCGAAGAAGUAGGAGCACAUCGCAGCUCAGCCAGACAGAGUCCGGCCACAAGAAGUUAAAAAGCACCAUCCAGAGGAGUACAGAAACGGGAAUGGCGGCUGAAAUGCGGAAGAUGGUGAGACAGCCAAGCCGGGAGUCCACGGAUGGCAGCAUCAAUAGUUAUAGCUCAGAAGGAAACUUAAUAUUUCCUGGAGUUCGAGUCGGGCCUGACAGCCAGUUCAGCGAUUUCCUUGAUGGACUGGGACCAGCCCAGCUUGUUGGCCGCCAAACCCUUGCCACCCCCGCCAUGGGAGAUAUCCAAAUCGGGAUGGAGGAUAAGAAGGGUCAGUUGGAGGUUGAGGUUAUCAGAGCCCGGAGCCUUACACAAAAACCUGGCUCCAAAUCUACACCUGCUCCCUAUGUGAAGGUUUAUCUUUUGGAAAAUGGAGCCUGUAUUGCCAAAAAGAAGACAAGAAUUGCACGGAAAACUCUCGAUCCCUUGUAUCAGCAGUCCCUGGUGUUUGAUGAAAGUCCACAGGGUAAAGUUCUUCAGGUGAUUGUCUGGGGUGACUAUGGAAGAAUGGACCACAAAUGCUUCAUGGGUGUGGCUCAAAUCUUGUUGGAAGAACUUGAUCUGUCCAGCAUGGUGAUUGGAUGGUAUAAAUUGUUCCCUCCAUCCUCACUGGUGGAUCCCACACUCACCCCCCUCACCCGCCGGGCUUCCCAAUCGUCUCUGGAAAGUUCGUCUGGGCCACCCUGCAUCCGGUCAUAGUAAUCUCCUAACCUUCCAGCCAAACUCUACAUUUCAGGAUAAUUAUCAGAACCAGAUAUUUCAUGAUCAAGAGCAUUGUUGGAGACAGACAAUCAACUUGUGUUUUGCCUGUAGUAGUUGUUCGAUAAUUGUGUCCCAAUUGUUUAAAACAUGGCUUUGUAUGACAGAACAAGGCAGUCAAUCAAAUUGCAGUAAGUAUCGACAUGCUAGUGAGAGCCACUGACACUUCUUGCAAAUAGGAAAAAAAAAAAAAAAGAGGAAACCUCAAGUUCACACACACACCAAAUUGAACAAACUGGAAGCUCUCACUCUGUGCAAAGGUGUACUUCACACGUCUGCACAGCCCACAGCAGUGCUGUUUCCCUGGUGUUUGAGAUUCUUCAGUUCUUCUGUGUGCUCUCCUUGUUUGAGUGUUGUUUGCCGGAUUUUUCCCCGUUGUCUCUCUCUCUGUCUUCACUAUCUUUGUUAUUUCCACUAGUUCAUUGGUUUUCUUUUUCAUUUUUUUGUCGUUGUCUUUCUUUGCUUCGUCAUAACAGAAUUUGUGUCCACAGAGACCCUUCCCUUUCUUUUUUCCAAAAGCACCAAAAAAAGGGCUGAAGCAGUCUCUGUAGCAUUUUCCCCAAAGUUUCCAAAGCUGGGCGAGGUAAAGCCAGGGAAGGGUAUCACAGGCGGCCGGUUCUCAGUUCUCCCAAGUCUUGUGUGUGGAAUCUCCACACAUGCACACACCCAGUAAAAAUCGUCAGCCAAACUCGUCAUGGCAGAAUCACUUCUCAGUGGAGAGCAUAUCUGUUCCCAUUCCAUAUAAUUCAUUUCUGUUUUCCAUUGUUUGGCACGGAAGACUUUGAAGGACCUAGAACUGAUUGAUGCUGGGGAUGAAGGCUAACCACAUAGUAGUGCUUUGGAAACCCUUUCUGCAAUGCCUUUUACUUCCUGAUAACAAAAGAGAAAAAAAUGCUCAUGUGUAGAAACCAUACUCUCAGCUCCCCAAAAUGGUGACUAAGAAUGGAUUUGAGCCUGACACUUUCAGCUAUGCCCAGGCUUCCCAGCCAUGCCCCAGAGCAGACCCAUCAGCCCUGGAGAGAGCAUCGUAUGAGCUGUUUAAUAUUGCACUGGAAAUUCCAGUUCAUAAACUCUGCACUAAAUUAAUGUUUUUAUUGGAUUUCAGUUUACAUUUCUUUAAGGUCAAUGCAAGCACAAAGCUUGAUUUUUUUAAAUGCACAAUAUCUUACUUUGGAGGAAGAAAAAGAAUACAGCCGAAUUCCAAUUUGCAUAUUCUUCAUUUGGGUUUUCUUGGCUUUGGAUUUCCCUUGUGACCUUCUGUGUCUGUGCUGCAGGCGCCUGCCUGGUCCUGCAGCUGCAUCAAUAUGCACCCCGCCCCCCUUUUAUGAGUCGUUCAACUUUUGUGAUUCCACAGUUAGAGCAGCAUGACCUGGAGCUGUUCAAAGCUGCAUGCACAUUUUGUAUAAAAAAAUAUGAAAAAGAAAGAAAAAAAAGCAAAGAGACAAAAGGUUAUUUAAUAAUGUAUGUUAGCUCCAUAUAGGCCGGCUUGUAUGUUGCAUGUACUUGUACAGUUUGCUUGUUAAUUACUAUACUGAAAUAACCAAGAAAUCUAAGCCAUCCAUUUUUGUUAUAGACAUUUUGCAGGUUUUAGCCAGACUCAGUAUGUGGGUCUGGGGUGAAAUGUCUAUAGAUGGACUUUAUUUUUUACCCUCUGGAAAACGUGAUGUAGUAUGGACCAAAAUUCCUUCUAAUAAAUAUUUUGGUGUAGAUUCCUCCUGUGGGGCUGUAACACAUGUAGACACUGUGUAAACACUAGGUUUUAAUCCAUAGACAUACUGCCUGCACCAAGUGAAUCAUUUACUAUUAUUUACACAUGUCAGAAUUACCUGCCCAUUAUCCCACAGGGCACAGAUUGACCACCACCCACCAUGCUGUGCAGGAAGAACUGAAGCAAUUGGUGCACUUCACUAGGUUCUGUUCUGUCUUAGUGGCCAACCAUCAACCAUUAAAAUUGGGUAAUAUCUUUCUAUUUUGACCACUUGUCUUAACAACCCCUUGUGCUUUUAAAUGAACUUACCACUCAUGUAUGUAAACAUGUUUAAUAAAACUUACUUUUCAUGUCAGUUGGUAGCCAUCUGUGUUCUAUGUUUUGCCAGCUUUCCAUUGUGGGUUCUUUGGUGCAAAAGGAGACCCAGGUGUUGGGAAAGGGAGCUUUGAGUUUGCUUUCUACUGUGGGCAUUUGACUGACCUGUCACUGCACUAUAUAUGUCUUAACAGACAGCCUGAAAGGUACUUUGCAUUACAUAUGAGUAUUCACUUUGUCAGCCUGUCUUAAGUGAGCACAUGACUAUACUUCUGAAAAGUGGUAUUAUUAAAAACAAUAAAACUCAGUA